AUGGUGGGUGGACUUAAAACAGCUGAUACUUUGAUUAGGAGAAAUAUUUUGGUGGAUCCGCUCUUCAGGUGUUUUCUUAUUCGCCCAAAUCUGUAUCAAAUUGCUGAUUUUCUACUUGAAGGCCAUUUGGUUGCAGCCAGUUUACUCGGCUGCUUGUUCUUCGUGGCUUACCAGUGUUUAUUCAGCUCCUGGCUCGAUAUAUUAUGGCUGAAAUUCUGCUUCUAUCGUGGCUCUAGGCGGAGAGCUGGUGUUCUCCCAAACUCCAGCCUUGAGCCAAAUUCCGGCGAGCCUGGUCUUGCGUUGAUUUUCAGACCCCUGAGAAGUGAACAAAGCCGCACCUUUCGUUUAUCCAAGCAAUCUCUAGCGAUGUCUCUUCUUCGUCCUCAUUCAGCUAUUAAUUUUCUCUACUCUACUUCGUCUUCUUGCACAUCUUCUCUCUCCCCUCGCCUUCUUUUCCAUAGAAGUAAGAAUGGAGCAAUCAUUGAUUGCCAAAUCAUCAGGGGAAGGACCUUAAUGUCGUCUUCUGGAAAGAAGGGGCUUGUACCCUUUCUUCCUUUUUCCUCUCUUGACCUUGAUGCCUCAACCUCCAACGAUCCCCAUUUCAUGUCCUCCUCGGUUGGAUCUCCCCCACAAUCUCUUUCCUUCUCCCAGUGGAAUCUUGGUCCCAGACAUAUCCUUCUUCUCAAUAUUAUAGCCUGCACGGUUGCUAUUUCCGCCUCCUGGUUGUUCUUCGCAGCGAUUCCAACCCUUCUGGCUUUUAAGAGAGCUGCGGAGUCACUGGAGAAGUUGUUAGAUGUCACAGCAGAGGAGCUACCGGACACUAUGGCAACUAUGAGACUAUGUGGAAUGGAGAUAAGUGACUUGACCAUGGAGCUAAGUGAUCUAGGGCAGGGGAUAAAGCAAGGUGUGAGGAACUCUACUCGAACUAUUCGUGUGGCCGAGGAAAGGCUUCGUCACCUCACUACCAUGGAUCCAAUAGUAUCAACACAGGGGCACAACAUUUCGCAACAGAUGGCGACAUUGCCAUUAGCUAAAAGAGAAAGGAACUUACGUGAAGGCAUUGUAAAGGGAAGGACACUUUUUGGAGUUAUAUUUGGUUUUUCAAAAUUUUCUCGCUGGGCUUGGAACUUUUUCAAGUCUCGUGAUCAGAGGCGCUAGCUAUGUAAGCAACCAAGAGCAAUGCAUUAGACUUUGUGUAGGAUUGUUGUUACUAUCUAUGUUACAUAUAGCUCAUAAAUUGAAGUAGGUUUGCUAGAUAUUUUUUUUCUGUGUUUCUUGCAUGUUUGUAGAUCAUAGUAUGCUUCCAUGCCAAAAAAAAAGGAGAAAAAGAUAUUUCGGUUAUGCUUUUUAGUUUUUUCAAGUGAAUAUUGAUAUGAAUUUACUCUUUAUGUCUGGCUCAUAUUAAAUACCUUUAGGUAGA